GGUCCUUUCUUUCCCUUCCGUCCCCUCCUUCGGAAGUAGAUUUUCUGUGUCCCUUUCUUUUUCUUUUUAGUUUAAGAUUUGCCUUCGAAGGUUGCUCUUGUUUUUUCCUUUCUAAGGAUAACAGACGCCAAUAUGGAAGAGUAAAAAAAAAAAAGAAGAAAAAACACAUUUUGGUUUUUUACUUCAUUUUAAUGGACCGGAUGAUCGCCAGGUCAAACUGUGAAUCUCACAGCUUUGCAGGGGAGGUAGCUGUAUCCAGUGGGGUGGUAGGCGUAUCCAAGGGGUGUCAUGAAGUUUUCAGGACCCUUGGAGAGCCAGAGAUUGUCUUUCCUUCUGGAAAUGGCAAUCUCUAGGGAAGCACAGAUGUGGAAGGUGUACGUGCCAAAAAAUCCAACCAAUCAGGAUACAGAUAUCUCUCCAGCACAGCGGGAUGAAGUGAUUCAAUGGCUGGCUGAACUUCACGACAAGUUCCAUCUUUAUCCAGAGGCUCUCGCACUGGCCAUCAGUAUUUUGGACAGGUUUUUAGCCAUAGUAAAGGCCCGUCCAAAAUACCUGCGCUGCAUUGCCAUCAGCUGCUUCUUCCUUGCCGCCAAGACCAGCGAGGAGGAUGAGCGGAUCCCAGCCCUGAGGGAUUUGGCAAAGGACAGCAGCUGUGGCUGCUCUGCAUCAGAAAUACUGCGAAUGGAGCGGAUUAUACUGGAUAAACUGAGUUGGGACCUGCACACAGCAACGCCUUUGGAUUUCCUCCAUAUUUUCCAUGCGAUGGUGCUGUCCAGCAGGCCCCAGCUCUUGGCCAGCCUCCCAAAGAUGACCCCGUCCCAGCACGUGUCUCUGCUGACGAGGCAGCUCCUCCAGUGUCUGGCCAGUCAUCCGCUGCUGCAGUUCAAGAGCUCCAUGCUGGCUCUGGCAAUUAUCACCUUAGAGCUGGAGAAAUUGUGUCCUGAUUGGCUUGCUCUCACUAUCGACCUGCAAAGCAAAGCGCAGAUUGAUAGCUCCCAGCUGAUCCGCAGCCGAGAACUUGUGGCGCGUCACCUGUCCUCACAUCAAGCUUCCAUGCCUCCCAAUACUGUGUACAUCUACCGGCCCCUGAAGCAUUGCCUUGUUCCCUGUGACAGGGGAGCCUUCCGGGUUCAGCCUUCCUCCCUUGUCCCAGAGACCGGUCCUCAAGCAACAACAACGACGACGGCCAAGAACAGCAGCCGUCCAGGAGCCCCCCUCAGAGGCACAGCGGCGCCCCCCCUGUGCCGGCGCCUCUCAGCCCCACUCGGCUGCAAGCAAACCUCCACCAAGCGCAAGGUGGAAGAGAUGGAAGUGGACGAAUUCUACGAUGGAAUCAAGCGGCUCUACAACGAAGACGGUGCCCAGGAGGGGGCAGGCAUGGAGAUCGUUGGCUCCACCUGCUGUGUCACUGUGGCCCGGCAGGCAGGCAGUGUCUCCCCCUGCCCCACCCUGCAGCCCGUCAGCGUCAUGUAACAAUGUUAACAACUACGAAUAAAACCGAGGCAACGGUUAAGGGCAUACCUUACAGGCUGUGAUGAAGUGAGCGAAAAACAAAAUCUCAUGCUGCUGAUUUAUAGUUUAACUGUUUCUGAAGCACAUAUUUAAAAAAAACAAAAAAAGAUAUACAAAAAAAAAAGUUCAAAACUCCCAAAAAAUGUGGAACAAAAAAAGUAGAAAGAAAUGUCUUGUUUCUCUUUAGUCUUUGAUGUACGUUUGACUGUUCUCAGAUUGCUGUUGGGGUUGAUGUUUACUGUCCUUGCUUGUUCUGAAUCCCCUCCACCUUUCAUUGCUUAGAAUCCUAACUCGGUUGUUUUGUGCUGAAGUCCGUCUGUAUUCCUUUUACUUUUCUUAAAGAUGUUGUGCAUGAUGGCCCGUGUGUGACCUGUAACCUCAGAGAUGCUUAACAGAAAGGCAAAUUGUAGAAUUCUGGUAUAUUUAAGUUAAUUUAUAAAAGGCAUCCAAAAACUCUGUAUGUUAAUAGGAAAUAUAGCAGGGAAGCUGUUUGUAAACCGCCCAUUACAAACUAUGAAACUGAAGAAAGUUGUGACAUGAGAAAUGUUGUGAAUUCAUAUUAUUUCUUAAGGAGGCAGCACAGUGAUUUCAUUUUCUUCAUUAUUUCCUGACCAUUGUGCUCCAUUUUUCAAUUUAUGUGAAACUGAUCUUUUAUAACUAAACAGAUUGAUGCUGUCAUCAUUUGAAAAGUUUUAAGUGAAUAAUAAUUUAAUCCUAAUUUCUUUUGAACUCUGUAUUAUUCAUUAAUCACAAGCCUGUUGUUUGCAAAGCUCCUUUGGCAGCCUGAAAAGGGUAACCGCUGUUCUACUGAAACGCUCCUGGCAAUAAAAACGUUGUUCUUGCAUUCA